UUCAAUUGACUAUUUGUGUCCUAACUCUUCUAAUAUGUAAGAAUAAAUUCGUUUUUGAAGUGUGACUUUCUUAGCUCCAACACGAUAUUCAAGGAAUUCUAGCACCUCCAUGAAAUACACAAAACCAAUCAAACAUUAAAAGUACUGCUGUAAAACUAGAAACAAGAAAUAAAAAUGGAUGACCAUAGGGGUGUUGAAGACACACCAAUGUCUCAAAGGCUCACCAAUGAUGACUUCAGAAAAUUACUUAUGACUCCAAGAUCCACACCCUCAGGUGGAGCUCACCCCUCUGGCUCAGUUCGGGAAGCUAUGGCUAAUUCUGGAUCUAUGCCACCACCCACUGAGAACAAAGGUGAGCUACGUCGGAAGAAGAAAUCAUAUUAUGCUGCUUUGAAGAAGCAAGAAGACACAAAGUUGGCGGAGUUAGCUGAGAAAUAUAGGGAUAGGGCUCGUGAAAGGAGAGAUGGUUUGCAGGAUGGAAACCCCUUAGAUCCAAUAAGUAAUACAAGCAGCGCUUAUAGAGCCGUUGCUCCUGAUGUUAAAUCAGGUAUGGAUGCAAAGGAGAGACGAAGGCAAAUGAUUCAGGAAUCGAAAUAUCUUGGUGGUGAUAUGGAACAUACUCACUUGGUGAAAGGUCUUGAUUAUGCUCUCCUACAAAAGGUCCGGUCCGAGAUACAGACUCGUGAACAAGAGCAAGAGGCUGAAAUGGAGAGACUGGUGACAGAGCCUGUCGAACCAGUUAAAGAAAAGAAAGAAGUUGUGGUCGUUGAAGAAGAGUUGCAGUUUAAAACAACAGUGGCAAAAAAUAUUUACAACAUGAUUGUUGAUCAAAAAAGUAAAAAAGUAACCCGCAAUGAGUUAUUCGCACCCGGCCGCAUGGCGUAUGUCGUCGAAUUGGACGAGGAGGGGACGAUCGACAGCGACAUUCCGACGACACUCACUCGAAGCAAGGCCGACGUGCCGGAGUUCGACGAGCGGACGUCGUCGGCCACGACCAAUGACGUCAUCAUUGAGAAACUGGCACAAAUAUUCUCGUACCUAAGACACGGAAGACAUAGGAAGUUAAAGAAAUUGAAAGAAAAGUCAGGCGAGAAGGGUCGCAACGACGACUCGAUCUACGGCGAUAUUGGCGACUACGUGGUCGGAGAGAGGCGUGGCGACCGCGGCGACCAGCGCGCUCGAGACAGCUACUUCGAUAAGCACGACGCAGACGUCGACAAGGACGAAGGGGCGGGUCCUGUGGCGCCCCGCCCGGAGGAGCGCGACAAGCGGUCGGCGGCGCUGCUGUCGCGACUGGCGGCGGAGCCCGAGGGCUACGCGGAGUGUUACCCGGGGCUGCGGGAGAUGGACGACGCCAUCGACGACUCGGACGACGAGGUGGACUACUCCAAGAUGGACGCCGGCAACAAGAAGGGCCCCAUAGGUCGUUGGGACUUUGACACACAAGAGGAGUACUCGGCGUACAUGAGCAGCAAGGAGGCGCUACCGAAGGCCGCCUUCCAGUACGGUGUGAAGACUCAGGACGGCCGGAAGACGAGGAAAACCAAGGACAAGAGCGAGAAGGCCGAGUUGGACCGAGAGUGGCAGCAGAUUCAAAAUAUAAUACAGAAACGGAAAGUGCCAGCGAGCGGGGACGAACCGGGAUUCAAGACACCCAAAUACUAAUAAACAAAUUGUGGAUAAUGUAUAAUAAAUAGUAUUAAGGUUUA